GUGCAUUUAGUGAUAUAUUCUGCUGAUUUUUAUUUACAAUUUUAAAUAUUGAUUUAUUAAAAAUGUUUGAACGUAUAAAACCAGGUUUUGUUGAAUUGAGUGAACUAGCAAGUGCUGGUGCAGGUGGUAAAGUCGUCUUUUCAACUGAUGACUUUUUCGCGACUUGCGAGAACAUGAUAUCAGACAGUGAGCCCGUAUUUAUAGAAGAUAAAUAUACCGAGUUCGGCAAAUGGAUGGACGGCUGGGAGACGAGGAGAAAACGCGUUGCGGGCCACGACUGGUGCAUACUCAAACUUGCUACCAAAUGUAUUAUCAAAGGUUUUCUUGUCGAUACGGCAUUUUUUACUGGUAACUAUGCGCCCAAGUAUUCAAUUCAGGCUGCUUGUUUAACACCAGAAGAGGAAUCUCUUUUACCACGAAGAAUUGAAGCAAUUGGAACAGCCUCAAGCGAAGAUGAUCUAGAACAAAUUGAAAAACUAGAAUCAGACAAAUGGGAAGAAAUAGUACCGAUUACCGCAUUGCAGCCAGGCUAUGAAGAAACAAGACAUAAUUACCAAAAGGUACUUAGUGACGAGGCAUGGACUCACAUUCGUGUGAACAUGUUCCCCGAUGGUGGUAUAGCCCGACUGCGCGUGUUCGGCGAGCCGCGGCCGGAACGACCUGCACUAACUGAUAUCGUAGACUUGGUGUCUGUCGUUAACGGAGGCUGUUGUGUUGGGUUCUCAAACGCUCACUUCGGUCACCCUAAGAACAUAAUAAAGCCGGGCAAGGGCAGAGCGAUGUCUGAUGGCUGGGAGACUGCGCGCAGACUCGACAGACCUAACAUCAUUGAAGCUAACGCAGAUGGAACUCUUAAAUUACAAGGAAAUGAAUGGGCCGUAUUUAAAUUAGGAUUCCCGGGAACAAUAAAGAAGAUUUGCGUGGACACAACACAUUUCAAAGGAAAUUUUCCAGACUCUGUGAAAUUUGAAGGUGUUUAUUUAGAUCUUUGUAAUUGGACUGAAUCAAAAGAGAUCCCUUGGCAAACAAUAUUAAAUUCAAGCAAGCUGUCAGCAAACAAGGAACAUUGGUACAAAGUUGAAUCAGAAAUCAUCACCCAUUUAAGAGUAACGAUAGCUCCCGAUGGCGGAUUGAGUAGAAUUAAAAUAUUCGGAUUGGUAGAGAAUUCGGAAUACUAAUUUAUUAACCUAGUUUAGGUAUUUACUAUUACUCAGUGUCGCUUAAUGGUACUUAAACGGUUCCUUAGAUUUUAUAUGAAAAAUCUACUCUAUCUUCCUUAGUAACCAUCAAGCAACUCUGGGUACGGUGUAUUUUAAAGUUAA